AUGGGUCGACAAGAUGAAACAAAAGAUAAUGUUGUAGUUGAAGAAGUUGAAGCAAAUAGCUGGGAUAGUGAUGAAUGUGAUGUUAUCCAAGGGAAUCUAACUGAUAAUUAUGUUGUCUACAAACCAGAAGAAGUUGCAGAUUCAAAGGAACAACAUAAUCUAGAUAAAUCAAUAGAUGGACAAGAUGAAACAAAAGAUAAUGUUGUAGUUGAAGAAGUUGAAGCAAAUAGCUGGGAUAGUGAUGAAAGUGAUGUUAUCCAAGGGAAUCCAACUGAUAAUUAUGUUGUCUACAAACCAGAAGAAGUUGCUGAUUCAAAGGAACAAAAUGAUCUAGAUAAAUCAAUGGAUGGAAAAGAUGAAACAAAAGAUAAUGUAGUUAAAGAAGUUGAAGCAAAUAGCUGGGAUAGUGAUGAAUGUGAUGUUAUCCACGUGAAUCCAACUGAUAAUUAUGUUGUCUACAAACCAGAAGAAGUUACUGAUUCAAGGGAACAACAUAAUCUAGUUAAAUCAAUGGAUGGACGAGAUGAAACAAAAGAUAAUGUUGUAGUUAAAGAAGUUGAAGCAAAUAGCUGGGAUAGUGAUGAAAGUGAUGUUAUCCAAGGGAAUCCAACUGAUAAUUAUGUUGUCUACAAACCAGAAGAAGUUACUGAUUCAAGGGAACAACAUAAUCUAGUUAAAUCAAUGGAUGGACGAGAUGAAACAAAAGAUAAUGUUGUAGUUAAAGAAGUUGAAGCAAAUAGCUGGGAUAGUGAUGAAUGUGAUGUUAUCCAAGGGAAUCCAACUGAUAAUUAUGUUGUCUACGAACCAGAAAAUAUUGCUGAUUCAAAGGAACAACAAGAUCUGGAUAAAUCAGUGGAUGGACAAGAUGAAACUGAAGAUAAUGUUGUAGUUGAAGAAGUUGAGGAACAAAGUAGCUGGCAUAGUGAUGAUGGUGAUGUAAUCCAUGAAAAUCGAACUCAUGACCAAAAGAAAACAGCUGGACAAAACAAAUCUAGGGAUGAUGUUAAAGUUGAAGAAGUUGGAGAACUUGAACAACAUAGUUGGGAUAGUGAGGAAGGUAAUGUUGAGCAAGAAAAUCAAACUGAUAAAUAUAUUGUCUUCAAACCAGAUGAACGUGAUGAAAAUGUUGAUACAAAGGCACAAUAUGACUUAGAUAAAACAACAGAUGCAGAAGAUGAAACUCGAUGUAAUAGUAAAGUGGAGAUUAAUGAAAAAAUUGGAGAAAAUA